GUAUUGUACCCACCUUGUCUGCUCACUUGCGCAUUCCCAAUGUGUUUCCUUUUACACGUCAAAUGCUGCAGCAUUUUGGAUCAAAAGAACAGGAAGAAGAAAAAAACUGAGAUAAAAGAAAAAGAAGAAAAAAGCACAGAAGGCUAGAACAAUGAAGUUCUUUCUCAUUCUUCUGGUGGCAUUAUCAAUUAGCUGCGCAAUAAAAGAUGAUUAUUGCGAACGUGACGAACAUGGUUCAUGUAAAGUGAACACGAAUACAUGUGAAGAAGAAGAUGAGCCUUGUUUUCUCGAUGAACCAGUUCAAGAAAAAGAAAGUGUUAAAUCGGGAUAUCCUCAUUUUGAGACAUUAUCUAGACUCGAUGGAAUGAAGGUUGGAAGCGAACAACAUUUCAACAUAGAUGGUUUCAACUUUAAAUUGUUAACGCGCUCGCUAAAGCCUUUAUUGUUCGAAAUACCAAAUGCAUUAUCAGAAGAUGAGAUGGCGCAUGUUCUUGAGAAAGCUAUGGACCCUCAUUACAGUGGUGGAUUGUUUGCAAGUCAGGCGAAAGGCGGUUUGACACCAGAAGAUUCAUUUAAACCAUCCACAGCUAAAGGAAAAGCGUUAGGUCCAGCUGGGCAGUUCAGUAAUUGGGAUUUAAACGAAGACAAAAUUAUUGAUUUGGAUGAGGUUGGAAAAUUUUGUCGAAAUUACAAUUUCUUAUACUUUACGGAAACAGAGGUGAAGCAGAUGUUAAAAGAUUUGGAUAUUCACGAGUUUGACGACGGUUUUGUGGAUGAAAACAAGUUCGAAAUGUUGAAUACACUUGGUAUAGAAGACCACUUGAAUCGAAUGAUGAGAGAGCAUCCAAAAUUCAAGCAACGGUUCAGUGAUCAGGUGUGGCUGCCCAUGGCGGAAGAAUACGAUCCUGUAUUGUCAUCUAUUAGAGAGAGGUUUGGGAAACUUUUUCACAUUCCUUACAAAAUCCUUCUUGGUUCUGAGCAUUUGCAGGUUGUUCGUUACCAGCCCUUUGGUCACUACCACGCCCAUCACGAUAGUGAGACAGAGAAAGCUGUAAAUAAACCGUGUUGUCAUCAUACGAAUUCAAAAACAAUACAACAAUACGCAAAAUGUCGACUGUGCAGGUUCAUGACUAUUAUGAUCUACCUUCGUGAACCAGAAGAUGGAGGAGAAACUGCAUUCCCGGCAGCCGAUAAUAUUACAUACUCUGAUGCGUCCUUUCGUCGCCGUGGCAACCCUGGUGUAGACUUAUUCAACCUAUCAGAGCACUGCUAUGAUUCGAAUUUAGUGGUGAAAGCCAGGAAGGGAACUGCUGUCGCAUGGUAUAAUCACUUGGUUGAUUACAAAGGAUGGUUAGGUGCUCUAGAUGAGUGGAGUUUGCAUGGAGGAUGCGAAGUGAGGAAAGGUGAAAAAUGGAUCAUGAACUUGUGGUUGACAGCACCCUACAAGGAUGACGUGGAUACACCCAGCAUGUAUUCGCUCGAAAGUAUAUUGAAAGAACAAGCAAGCAUAAAUGCAUAAUUUUAAAGCCGUGUUUACACUAGCAAAUUUUUUUGAUCUAAACCUGUGACGAUAAAUGUUUUUCUUUGUAAUUAUUUUAAUUUAUUUCUUUAACACGUAAUGUGUAAUGUCUACAUCUUAUUUAUAUAUAUAUUUGUUGUGUAAACAAAUGAUAAAAAAUAAAAGCUUUAGUUUUGA